AUGGUCUCGUUGGACUACCUUGCUAGCUUGAAGGACUUGGAUGAACUAAAUGAGUUUGCGUGGGACGAGCAUGUGUUGGCAACUGCGUUGAGGGAGGCGAGGAAUUACCAACUAAAGAGGGAGGCUGGGGCAAGUGGCUUCUGGAUAGGGGGUUGUCUACCUAUGUUCGUGUUAAUUUACAUGGAUUUCCUGGAUGUGCCUCGGUCAUUGAUUAGUGAGGAGACGUUCAACUACUCGCUGCCCAGGGCUUGCUUUGUGUGCAAUGCAGAUUUUGAGCUUGUUAAAGAAUUUGACAGGAACAAGCUCACCCUCAAGAAGGUUGAUUUUGGAAAGCGCAAUCAUCGUCCUUUGUCUCAAACGCCAUAUGCAGUACUGAAGGCGGACAAGCAAUGUGAGGGUCAGAAUCAACAUCAUCCGGCAAAUAUCACUAAUAGAGCUGACAAAGCCAACACUCAAGUCAGUGUUGAGGGUGAUUUAGGUGCCAAGUUUCGCGUCUCUCUGGAUGAGUGGCUGCAGCCGCUCCCUUCCUGCCAAGAGUUAGAGAUACCUUUGCACUUGAAGCCUAUAUAUGAGAAGCACAAAAAUCUCUAUACGGCAGAGUUGAAGAAUGUUGUUACGUCUUUUGGGCAGGUCCUGCAGUCAACUUUCUGCAAGCGGUUGGGUCUCAUGUUGAUGGAAGCGCACUCCAAUGCAGUGUCAACCCAUGAGCACACGAGUGAAGGUUUUGUCGCCCCAAGAGUCAUUGCAACAAGCAGUGUCGAGCGCACGGGAGCGGUGACUUUUGGCACCCCAACAGCCACUGCAGCAGGCAUUGCUAUCCACUCUUCCAAGUGUCCAUUAUCGGAUCCUGAUUCCCGGGCAGAAGCAGGUGCUGAUGAUCAGAACAAGGCACAACCUGGUGUUGUAGUCGCUGCUCCCAAAGUAGUGGAGACCGGUGCAUUAGGUGAGAAGGUUGGGGUGGAAGCGGAACAGGAGGCGGGUCAAAGCACAAGCGUUGCUAAGCGUUCCAGGGCUGCUGCAUUGCAACAAGGUGAGAGUAGCAAUCAUUCUCAUGGGAAGGAUUGUGUGGAGCAGGAGGAAGUUAUACAUCAGGGCGGAAAGGUGACCCCCAAAGAUGCUUGCAACAUGGAUCCUUCGGGAGCUUCUGAUAAGGUUGAAACACCAGUUCUUUCCCAGGGCACGGUGCAUGCAAUGAUGGUAACUGCCUUGGAGUGGGAAGAUGGCCCAUCUUGUGCUCUUUUCUCGGAGGGGACCGAAGACUAUGAGUGGAUGAAUCAAAAAGUAGACAUACCAGUCAAGUAUGUGCAGACAGCAAAUGCUUCUAGCUCUGAUGUGCAGAAUUCAAUCCCAUCAGUGCCAAACUUUGACAACACUCCUCAAGUUGAAAGGCCUAGCAACCUCCCAACCGCAACAUUUGACACAGCUCCAAAGCUCCCUAGGGCAAACGACAUUCCGGGGCCUGUGUUUGAUGUGUCCCCCAUCUCAUUCAAAAACGCUUCCUCCGAUGGACCUCAAGGUUUUUUCUUGCUUCAGAACACAAGCUCCUUUUUAUCUAAGAGUUUUCUCAGUGCGUUUCCUUUUUGCAUUCUCAUUUUUCUUUCUGUUUUUUGUGUUGUUGCAAUGUUGUGCAGUAGUAGUGGAUUUGCACGAGACAACCGAGGCGAAUGUUGAGGUCAGGGGUGAGUCCAACAGUCUUGGUAAACAGUCAAAGAAGAAAAGGGUGGCUGUCUCCCCAGACAAUGUGCCAACGAUGAAGAAGAUUAAGGUUGAUGCACACGGUGAUGCCUUACACCAUCAGUAUGUAAUGACCAGAUACAAGACAAGAAAACCAAAGAAAAACGAGCUUCUGCCCGACUUCAUUGAAAUAGAUGGCUUCCAUACAUCUCUCGAGAAUUUUCAUGCAUCUCUAAAGCCAAGAGCGGAGAUUGACAAUGAGGUCAUGACCUUAUACCUGAAGACAUUCAACUAUGAUCAGUCAGUGAAGAAGAAGAAGCCAAAAAAAAUUUGUUUUCUCAGUGUUGAUGAGUUUGAAACUCAGUGCUGAGCCAGAUGUGUUUGAUCUGAAGGUGUGCGAAAAAGAAUUUAAGAAUGCUUGCUUACAAAAUCACAUUUCAAAAUCUGACCUGCUAUUCUUCAUGGUUGUACACAAAAGGCACUGGGCAGUAGUAGUUGUUAACAUCACCCAAAAGGAGUUCAAUAUCUUUGACUCCAUUAGGAACUCGGAAGACCUUUUUGAGAUGGACAGGAUCACUAAGAAUGUGGUAAUGCUCCUGUUGGAGUUUGGCGCAACAAAUCUUUUCCUUCUUUUUGCUUUUCCACACCGCACACUUAUGCAUUUUGUUUGUCCAUGUUUUAUCGGGUUUGAUCAGGUCACAAACAUCAAGAGUGUUGCAAUGAGGGAGCCACUUUUUAAGCACAAUCUCGAGUCUUACUCCCUAUUCACCCCACUUGAUUACCCUCAACAAAAAACUUAGUAAGCAUUUUUAUCCCAGCAGAAUAUGUGUUUAUUUUGCAUUUAGAGACAUUUUUCUCUUUUUUCACCUAAAGCUGCUUUUGCAUUUUAUAACUAUAUACCUUCUAUUUUUUCAGCUAUAACUGUUCUACUAUAGUAUUUAUACGUGGAGAAUUGGGAUGGCCUUGUUAUGCUGUCAUUUGGCGAGGAUUACAUCCCAAACCUUCGGAAACGCAUUGCAGCAGAUCUGUUGAGACACCCAAGCAACAAGUUGGACCCCGCGCAUCAGCUGAAGCUGCUUCUUCAGCGUUAGAUGGGUGUUUUCGAGCUUCUGCAACAGGAGGAGUCAUGGCGGCGGUGGCCUAGUACUGCUGACGCGAGCUAUUGUAGCUAGCUAGAGUGUAGUUGGGAGCAUGUUCUUGUCGCCAGCUCGAGUGUAGUUGAGAGCUUGUUCUUCUAGCCAGCUCAACUGAACUUUUUUCACAAUGCAACUCUGAAUGAAGCACAGGAAUGUUUCAGUGUGUGACUGUAUGCAAGGAUUUGUUUUUUGUGAAGCCUAUUCAAGAUUGUUUGUCAGCUUAUGCAAGGAUUAUUUGUUUUUUACUUGCCUUUUCAAGAAGAUUGUUGAUAUACUUUGA